CAMAGAACAAACCCYGGAAAURCCUGCCGUAGAAAUGUAUUUCCUUGUUCUUCCCAAUUCACACCACACGCAUCGUGAAUCAUGAAUCAUGAUGCACGACAACUCCUUCUGCUGGAGAARCAGCAUAACAAACAACGCAAUAUGAAAGACUACCCUUCCAUGACAAUAACCAACGGCAGCUCAAGGCACAAGUUUCUUAUCACCAGCCUCGUCCAUAUCCCUUGACGCGUUGUCACAACAGCCACAUUGUCGUCGUUCCGCCAUGUGCCAAGGAAACUGUAUCACUGCGAAGGCAAAUGCGAAUGCGGACGGCAGUGCGAAUGAAAACGUGCGCGCCUCCCCCGACACCGUUGUGAUGCCGGCAUCUUCUCUCGAUGAAACUUCCUCCAUCGACAUUGGCACGGWCACUGCCCCCGUGCCACCGCCAUCGCUUGCACCACCGCGUGCUGACCAAUGCRAAUCGACGGAGGCGACGAUUCCCUCCGUGGUSUGGAUCGACCACAUUCUUCCGUUCUUGGAUCGACCCGCCUGGAACUCGCUGGUGGAAGCCUCGAAAGAAAUCUACAUGCUGACGUUCCUGUCGAAACUCAACGCAGACUACGAGAACUACAAAACGGCAAGAAACGACGAAGGACACACCAAAACCCAACCCUCCGCCACCCCGGUCGCCAGAGCCAGAGUCCAACCCCCCUGGCCCACGCACCGUCCCCUCCAGCCCAAAAAGAGCGGGGGGCAGGGGCAGGCGAUCGAAUCCUUCUGCCUCUCGCACGACGGAGAAUACCUCGCGUGCGCGUCCGUCAUCGGAAGCAUCGAGCUGUGGAGCCUGCGGACUGGAAAGCUCGCCUGGAGGAACCACGCGAAAGGGAGCGAGCACACRUACGGGGAGCACCGGUACCGGACCACGAGGGACGACGAUUCUCCGGCACUGCCCAUGGGGAGCCUGCUGAGAUUCUCUCCCACCGGGCACGUCCUGGCGUGUGGGUUCGAGAACAAGAUCGUCCUCUGGGAUACCCAAGCCGCUAUCCGCCACCACCGCAGGCGCGGCAAGCGGUGCCGGCCAUUGCUCCGGAGCAGAACUCCAUCCCAUGCGCAGCCCCCCCAGCCACAGCUGGCGGAGUACGACCAGGUCUACAAGCAUUGCGGUCGGCCGCAAGGGCCAGAGGAGGAUCGGAAGCACCAAUCCUUCCAAACCACCCUCGAAAUCGAAUGCCGCAAGGGGAAAAUCUACGAAGUGACCUACCUGGGAUUCAGCGCAGASGCACGCCGAUUGAUUGCCCGCUACGGAAAAACGGCCUACAUCUGGACCCGCUUUCCUGCCKCGGAGGCCGACGACCGUUCCGGGUACCGCCUUACCCAAAAAGUGUCGCUGCURUCCUCCAGAUCCCUCAUGGUGUUUGAUCCAACRCUAGCCCGCCUCGCAAUGGCGACCAAUGGAGGCAUCGGGGCCUCGAGCACGACCAACAGCAACCCCCACGGRGGACGGGCUAACAACACCAGAAACGAUGCGGCAAGCACGGCGGACAGAAGUCCUGGAGAGAGCAGCUCUUCCGGUGGUACCCGUGGAUGCGGAAAAGGCAUUGUGAACCUGUGGAACCUUGAAGAGGAGCCAGAGAACGAGUGUCGUCGGACGGUUCCCACUGUCAGAAACAGCAGCAACCAGAUAUUGGCCUACCAAAACCACGUGGUUCGCGGACUGGAGUUCCUGCGACUCGGCAGCGACAAGCAGGACGUUUGCCUUGUUUCGGCCAGUUUGCAGGGCGAGGUCAAGUUCUGGAAGAAGCAGCGGCAACAGCUAGCGUACGGCUGCACAGCACAAGACGACUACGUCUGCGUGUGCCAAUUCCAAAGUCCCGGAAAGAUUUUUUCGCUGGCCUCGUAUUCCUCGAUUCCGCAGCAAGGGUGCUUUCACGGACACGGGAAAAUCUUCCUUGCGGCGGGUGAAGCCCGCGGCGGGGUUCGGGUCUGGAAGGUAUCGCCGGCUGGAUCAUCCGCGAUGCAACCAUUCAUCUCGUCCGGAGCACUUCCGGCCAACGACGAGAACGACGCGGACCACUAUGCCUAUCGCUUAACCGAGUGCCUCGCAACGGAGGUCGGGGAUCACGUACACUACGACAACAUUAAAAUGCUCUCCUUCACGCCCGACGGGCGGAGCUUGGUCGCCUCCCGUGCCUACGAUGCGAAGAUCUGGUUUCAGACCAUUUGGCAGUGAUGCGAUCUGAUGCGAUACAACGCAAUGCGAUCCAUACUUACACCAACCAUAGGAAGGACAGUACCACAAACAUCSACGCCCUUUGGCAGUCACAAGACCUGUGAGUCAACACAAAUGGAGCUGUUCUUGCUGUGCAUCGUUCCAUCUAUUUCCAAGACAACAGAUGGUGAAUAGAAGGAUAAUGUAUUUCAUCUACGGAAAAAAAUGGGUUGAAUCCUCUCGCUAGUUGCAACUAAAAACAUUUGCAUUCGAUGAAAUAUAGAAUUCCACGAAAUCUCAAGAUCUUAUAUAGAUAAGCCAUACAAUUUGCGAGCCUUCAGCAUACGGUGUUUUUUUUUUUAAAUGUUUUGAAAAGCACUAUUUUCAUCUGACUAAAGUCCGCCCGACCUGACAUCCAUAAGGAUUGCACAUUUCUUUCCAUGGCCGAAUUGAUACGCUAAGGGAUAGCGAUUCAUCGAUGACUGCGGACUCGAUCUUCUCCUAUGCAUAGGUAUAAAGACGCAUGGAUCUAUUUUUUCUGUAUUGUAGGACGAAAAAAUUAUGCCCGAUGCAUUACCAAUGCAUUUGAUCGAAGACAAAAUCGCGUUGGACACCCAUUCCUUUUUUUAAAAAAAGAGCAGGGACCAUUGGCAAAAGCCGUUUCAUUCUCUAAAAUUCUACGAAUUGAGAUGUUGCACUUGAAKGUUCGUUUAGUAAGUCCUGGUGGAUAUCUGCACGAAUUAUAAAGUUCUACUGCGUUCUUUCGCAUGAAUGAAUGUAAAAUUAAAGU